GGGAAGCAGAGACCCAGCAGCUCUCUGGGACCCUGGGCAGGCGAGAGCCUUGGUGCUGGGGGAGCCUGGCACUAGGGACCGUGGGGCCCGUUUGAGGGGAUGGGGGGUGGCAAAGGCAGGGGUCAGGCCCUGCCAGCCGGAUGCAAAAAGAGGUGACUUUAUCUGGCUAUGGCCCAGUUGUGUGAGCUGGGUGGGAUUUUCUCCCACAUCCCAAGGCUGACAGGGCUGUAAGACCGUUCCAGCCGUACUUUGGGUGCAGGGGGAUGGUGCAGUGUCCUGACCAGAACGAUGUCCUGGAAAGGCAGCAAAGCUCGGCGGAGAGUAGCCCCCCGAAUAAGGGACUAGCAGCUGCUGCUACAACAUGCAAGUGGGGUUCCAUCCCUCCUGUCUUGGCUGGUGGCCUCGGAACCACGCUUCUCCGGAUGCUUGUCUUAAUGCUGAUGUAACAAUUAAAGUAACUGAAGGACGCCAACAAACUCACUUUCCAAAGAGUCCCUGGCGGGGUCUUCCCCAAGGAGACAAGAUGAAUAUUAAAGCCGCCAAAGUUCUGUGCCUGCUGGGGGUCUUUUUCCUCAUGCUGCUUGGGUCCCUCCUGCCCGUCAAGAUCAUAGAAGCAGAUUAUGAGAAAGCUCAUCGCUCCCAAAAGGUCAUUGCCCUCUGCAAUUCCUUUGGAGGAGGGGUCUUCCUGGCCACCUGCUUCAACGCCUUGCUCCCCGCCGUACGAGCAAAGCUCCAAGAAGUCCUCAAGCUGGGGAACGUGACCACAGAUUAUCCCCUGGCUGAGACCAUCAUGCUGGUGGGUUUCUUCAUGACCGUGUUUGUGGAGCAGCUCAUCCUGACCUUUCGGAAGGAGAAGCCUUCCUUCAUCGACCUGGAGACCUUCAACGCCGGCUCCGACGUCGGGAGCGACUCGGAAUACGAGAGCCCCUUCAUUGCCUCUUCCCGAGGGCGCGCGCUCUACCACGAGCACAGCCACCACGCCCACAGCCACGGCCUGAACGUCCAGGAGCUCUCCCAGGCCAGCCCCUGGCGGCUCUUCAGCCUGGUGUUCGCCUUGUCUGCCCACUCCAUCUUUGAGGGCCUAGCCCUGGGCCUCCAGGAGGAGGGCAGCAAAGUCAUGAGCCUCUUUGUGGGCGUGGCCAUCCACGAGACGCUGGUGGCUGUGGCGCUGGGUGUCAGCAUGGCCAAGAUCUGCUUGACGCUGAAGGACGCUGCCAAGCUGGCCCUGACGGUGAGUUUGAUGAUUCCCUUGGGCAUCGGGAUCGGCAUGGGCAUCGAGAGUGCCGAGAACGUGGCCAGCAGCGUGGCCUCCGUGCUGCUGCAGGGCAUCGCCGCGGGCACUUUCUUGUUCGUCACCUUCUUUGAGAUCCUGGCGAAGGAGCUGGAGGAUAAAAACGACCGCCUGCUAAAGGUCCUCUCUCUGGUGCUGGGCUACACGGCCUUGGCGGUGCUCGUCUUUUUCAAGUGGUGA